CGACGACUCCUAUAGUGAAGAGUACAGCCAUCAGUAUUCCGUUAUCUCCAGACCGAAAUAUCGAGUUCAGGUGAUAUCUUCUAGUAACGCGCUUUUCGGUUACCAGCGAAACCGUCCCACCACCAAUAUUCCUUAUGCUAACAAGCGAACGAGAGAUCCUACUCCGCUACCUCGAUCACGCCAUAAAGGAGGACGAUGCGAUUCAAUGGAGCGUAUUCUAGGUACGCAUCGCCAGCAUCACCAGCAACAGCAACAAUCCAGAGACCCUGUCCAGGAGCAGCUGCAACGCUCCAGAAGCGUGGCUAACUGGGCUCAAGAACAGGCGCGUAUCCACGAAAAGCGGAUCAAGCAUAAAGCCAGGACUCAGGCGCUGAGAGAGCUGCGGAAACAGCAUCCAAUAGCCAAAUUGGCACCGUCAGAGCAUUCAGGUUCCUCUGGAUCCUUGCAUAUGUCGUCUUCGUCAUCUUGGUCUGCAUCAUAUUCCCGCUCAUCUUCAGGAAAAGAAGGGCCCGGAAAAAGAGUGAAUCAGUCGCAGAAGCAAGUACGAGGCGCAGAGGUCAUGGAGUCAUUCCAAGAAGAUUAUCCACUCGAGUUGAGUCGCUUGGAUAUUGUGAUCCGCGAACAGGAAGACGAAGACGAGCAGGAUGAGUUUGGGAUAUACACAAUCACGGACGACAUGACCAGCCCGACGGUAGAGACCGAAAGCCUUGGAGCUGGUGUAGGCAGACCCUUAUUUCAAGUGUGAACUCUUGUUAUCCGACAACAA